GCGGUGUACCAGCAUCCUCACCUUCAGCGAGACGAAAUUCCUUCAGUUUCGGAUAUACGUUCACGAAUCCACAUGUACUUUCGUAUGGUAAUGCGAAGAAUAAUAAGUUCAGACUUAGAACGAGCACACUAUUCAUGUUGCUGACUACAAAUCGCGAUUAAAUAUUUUCACUGCGAACUGCGAGAACGGUAAAUGCCUCGAAUUCUGCAGAAUCGUGGCUUUAUAUCGUGGCUGAAUCACGGUUGUAUCUUAUUUAUAUCAUGCAUAUCCAGCAUGACCCUUUUUUAUUUUUCAUUCGUUUUCGGCGUGAUCUGUAGUAUCAAUAUCGAGCCAAUAGCCAUAAGUAUUUGUUUCACUUACCGCUCAACUGAAUCGAUCAGCUGAUCAUACUUAACCUAACCACAACUGGCACGCUUCCUUCACGUUCAAGUCGCGAUAGCCGUUAACAAUCAAAACAAAUUGCUGUGGUACGUCUAUUAUAAAUAUCAAAUCAGAUAUUUACAUAGAGCCAUAUACAGAUAUUCAAAAUGAAUGAUUCUUUCUUGGAAGAUCUAGAGCCAAUACUAAAACAAUCAAAGAAAAUAACUCAGGAGCAAGUGGAUUGCUAUGUAACUACCAGACAUGCUACCUCAUCUCCGUUACUUGAGUUCUCGGAACAGAAUGAGAGGGAUAAUGUUGCGCGACCACAGAAAAAACAUUCCAUUAUAACAGUUUCAAAUACAUUUACAGGCGGUAAAGAUUCUUUAAAGGAUUCUAAGAAACAAUCUGAUCAAAAUAUAAAAAAGCUUUCUGUGAAUAUAAAAGCAGUCGAGAAAACUGAGAAGGCUGUAGAUAGUAAAGGAAAGCCUGCAGAUAUAAAAAUAAAAAUUGAGAAUAAACAGCACAAUAUUAAUGAAGAACAAAAAAUAAAGUUGCAAGAGGCAAGAUAUCUUAAGGUACCUGAAAAUAAAAUUGCAAAUAAAGAUCGUAUGCGGCGUUCCGGAUCACAUAAGGAAACUAUUCAUUCCUUAAAUACUUCUAGUAAGGAGAAUAGACAUUCUCCUGAUUCUUCCAAUCAUUCUUUUGACGUUUCCAGUAAGGAGAAUAAUCGUCCUUCAGAUUCUUCCAGAGAGGUUAGUUCUUAUUUGAUUAAAGAGAAAGAAAAGUUGCCCAAUAAAUCGAAGAAACCGGGUUUUAAAAUACAAGAUCAAGAUCCAGUUGGUUUGCUUACGGCUAUUAAAGAACUAAUAAGUAUGUAUACUAAGCAAGAGAGUACAAAGAUUCUACGUGCCAUGGAGGAACUGCAUAUAAACUCCCAAGCUACCUUGAUAAAAAAUCUCUUGGAUCAGACAGAUGAUGUGGUUAAAGAAAUGGAUUCCUGCAAAGAUUCUGCUAGAAUGAAAGCCUUAAUUGAGGAGAAUGAGCACUUACAGCAAGAGUUAAUUGCUUUGCGAAUGCAAACUGAGGAUCAGCAGAAUAAAUUAGAAUUCUUAAAACAAGAAAACGCUGCCUUAAAAUUGAAGUGCCAUGAACUAACAUAAACAUAAUAUCAAAUUCUUUUUUUAUGCCUGGAGUAUCAAUUAUGAUGUUCACAUUGCAUUUUAUUCGCUUACCAUUUUAAGAAAUAUAUUGCAUAUUGUAGUUAGGAAGGAAAAGUAUUCUUUGCUUGCAAGAAUUGCUAAAAGAGAUUAUGUAUUAUUAUGCAUUUGAAUUUAUUUCUAAUAUGAAUAUACUAUCGCAUAAAAAAUGAUAAGUAUGUUAUCGUUUAAGUAUUAAUAUACUCUAAUGUGGUAAAAUAUAUAAUACAACCUUUAUACAUUUAUUAAAAUAUAAUAUUGAUUACAUCAUUGUUAAAAAAUAACUUAUUUUUUUAUUAAAAUGUGAAAUGUAAAAUGUAAGAUAUAAUAUAAAAUGUUAGAGAUUAAUCUAGAUACACGCACACUAUUUUAAGAAGAAUAUAAAAGUCUGUUCUAUAUGUGCCUUUUAUAAUAAAAUAUUUAAUAAACAAAUUUAUAUAUUUGCUUAUAAAAA